UUGUCAUCGUUGUCAAAAUUGUGUACACCGAAAUAAGCAACUUCAUCGCGCGGCGAGAAUCAUUUUGUUAUUUUCAUAAAGCAUCCACAAACUGCAACCAUGUCGGAUAAGGAAAACAAGGAAAAGCCCAAGCUAGAUCUCGGCCUUCUCGAAGAAGACGACGAGUUUGAGGAGUUUCCCGCCGAAGAUUGGACCGGAAACAAGGAGGACGAGGAAGAACUGAGCGUAUGGGAAGAUAAUUGGGAUGACGACAAUGUGGAAGAUGAUUUCAAUCAGCAGCUGCGUGCACAGCUAGAGAAGCACAAGUGAUUAUCGUUCGUGUCGUUCUCGCGGUAAUGCACAGCAUGAAUAAAAAUUAAACUUAAUUUCCUAUA